AUGUCUUCUUCUUCAGUUGCUGAACCCGCCGGGAUGAUAAAGAAAAGCUAUCAUCGUCAGAAGUCUCAGAGAUUAUGGGCAAAGCUGGUGAUGAGGAAGUGGUUGAACAUAAGUGCUAGAGAUCCUGAGUAUGGUGCUGAUACUGAAGACGAAUCCGAAAACGACGACGUUGGAGAUGAAAACCAAGACUCCAGCAGCUCCGACGAAGAUUGUGAAGAAUCAAGCACGCAAAGAAAAGAACCGGUUCAACCAAAGGUUUGUGAGAACGCUGAGGAUGCCAUCGCCGCUGCUUCUGCCACCGUAGACGCCGCCGCAGCUGCCGCCGAGUUUAUGAACAAUGAUGCUCCAAUGAAGUUAAGGAGAAGAAAUUCUGAAACUUUAAGAGCACAAUAUAUUAACAACAAAGAAAUAAGAGUAUGUGUUGGUACGUGGAACGUAGGAGGAAUAUCACCACCAUCUGAUCUUGACAUCGAUGACUGGAUCGAAAUUAAUCAACCUGCUGAUAUCUACAUUCUUGGUUUACAAGAGAUUGGAGAAGUAGCUUACGAGACAGAUAGUGACGCUGGCGUUGAGAUUCACCCCAUUGACGAGGAAGAAGAAGGAAGCCUCGGGGUGCUAAAACAUGACGGUGGAGUUAUAGGAGAAGUCAACACCCUCGUUGACCCAAAUACCGGUUUACCCGUUGUUGAGAUUAAUACACAGUUCUCUUCUACCAAGAAGCUAGACAGACAAGUCUGUCUACGUUCCGACAGCUUAGAGAAGAGAAGGAACGACGAGGAUGAUGUCUCUAAACCCGGUAUGAAGACACUAAACCGGAUGUUAAGUGGGAAAGAAAGGAUCGGUUUAAGCUGGCCGGAGCCUCCUUUGAACAUGUUGGGACCUACUUGUGUUCUCGAUAGACAACCAUCGUUAAAGACAGUGAAGUCGUUAAGAACAGCAAAGUCUUUCAAGGCUUAUAGUUCGUUUAAGUCUGUAGCUGGACACGCCAACGGGAUUCCCCCAGAGGUAUUGGCGUUAGCUGAGAUGGAUUUGAAGUUGUUGAUGGAGAGGAAACGAAGACCGGCUUAUGUGAGGCUAGUGAGUAAACAAAUGGUUGGGAUUCUUUUGACCAUUUGGGUUAAACGAAGUUUGAGAAAACACAUUCAGAACGUUAGAGUCUCUACCGUUGGAGUUGGUAUCAUGGGUUAUAUUGGUAACAAGGGAGCUGUGUCUGUGAGUAUGUCGAUAAACCAAACGUUCUUCUGUUUCAUAUGCACACAUCUGACGGCUGGAGAACGAGAGGUUGAUCAGAUCAAGAGGAACGCUGAUGUUCACGAGAUACAUAAGAGAACAGUCUUUCACUCUGUUUCAGCUCUUGGACUUCCCAAGCUUAUCUAUGAUCACGAAAGAAUAAUCUGGUUAGGCGAUCUUAACUAUAGGCUUAAUCUAUCUUAUGAGAAAGCCAGAGACUUAAUCUCCAAGAAAGAAUGGUCCAACUUACUUGAAUAUGAUCAGCUGGUAAAAGAAUACAAGAAAGGACGAGCAUUUGACGGAUGGUCAGAAGGAACUCUACAUUUUCCACCAACCUAUAAGUACCAAGCACAUUCCGAUGAGUACACUUGUGGAGAUGGAAAGGGGUCGCGGAGAACACCAGCUUGGUGUGACAGAGUAUUAUCAUACGGCAAUGGAAUGAAGCUGGUUCAUUACCGGCGGACCGAACAAAAAUUCUCAGAUCAUCGUCCGGUCACAGCGAUAUACAUGGCUGAAGUCGAGGUGUUUUCCGCAAGGAAGCUUCAAAAAGCGUUGACAUUUACGGAUGCUGAGAUUGAAGACGAGAGACUUGUGGCCGUAAUCGUUUAGAAACAAAGAAGGGAUUAUUUUAUAUUUUUGGUUUGCUUGUUGUUUGUUUCUUUGCAUAUGAAGUACUGGCGAAAGAGACAAUCUCUUUCAACGGAUAUGUAUUACUCUCUCAUGUCGUUACUGAUGCAUCACACAGAAAAACGUUCCUCUUCAUAGAGUUGUAUAUUUUACUCUUUAGUGAGAUUACCAUAAAAACUCACGUAGUG